AUGUUCAAAUCAUUACUGAAGCCUGAGUUUCUUGAUAGAGAACAACUAAAAGCACUCGACUCUUAUAAAUACAGUGCAGUGGACCGUUCAUUUACAACCAAAUAUGUACUAAGUCAUUACUGGAAUUGGUGCGUACAGUUCUUUCCAAUCAGCAUGGCACCGAACCUUAUUACACUCACAGGUCUCUUUUUCAUGAUCUUUAAUGUUGGAUUGGCUAUUGUGUUUGUGCCUAACAUGGGUACAGGUGAAAAUGAAUCAGGUCCAAGCUGGAUCUAUUUUAGUUUUGCUAUUGGAUUAUGGCUUUAUUCCACAUUUGAUAAUGUGGAUGGAAAGCAGGCUCGAAGAACAGGUACUUCAAGUCCCUUGGGUGAGUUAUUCGAUCAUGGAUGUGACGCUGUCAAUUGUUCAUUUGCUGCUGUUUUACAGGCAACAGCCAUUGGUUUGGGCCAUUCAAAAGCAAGCGUUAUUUUAUAUGGUAUUGCUAUGCUCGGAUUCUAUCUUUCAACCGCUGAAGAAUACCAUACCGGUGUAUUGUAUCUUGGCUAUAUCAAUGCUCCCACUGAAGGAGUCAUUCUCUCCUGUGUUGUCUUUAUUAUUUCAGGCAUCUAUGGUCCGGGUAUGUGGAAUACACCGAUAAAGAACACAGUGCAAGUCUCAUGGCUUCCAAAGGUACUGGAAGAAAUGCCCCUCUCACAUGCUAUUAUCUGGUGGGUGGGUACCUUGUUCUUAUGCACGCAUGCUCCUGCUUGUCUGUAUGCUAUCUAUGGUGCCUGUAAGAGAAAGAAUCAACCUUUCUUAAAGACAAUUCUUGUUCAGAAUACGCCUAUUGCCACCUAUAUUACUUGUUUAUACCUCUGGGUGAUGUCGCCUUAUUCCACUAUUCUAUCCCAUCAUCAUUUUAUUCUGUUUACCAUUACAACUGGUAUUGUAUUUGGUAGAAUGGCCACCAAAGUCAUUUUAGCUCAUUUGACAAAAUCCAAAUUUCCCAAGUUUACUGUCUUGUUGAUUCCCUUGAUUGUAGGGGCUGCUUUGACCAAUGUACCUAUUCUCAUACCUUCCAUAAACCCCAUUUUCACUGCUGAAUCAGAGUUCAUGUUCUUAUUGGCUUAUUUUGUAUUUGCUUUUGUAGCUUAUAUGCGAUGGGCUAUUGUGGUCAUUAAUAGCUUUUGUGCUUACCUUGGUAUUCGCUGCUUGGUUAUUCCAUCCAAGAAAGUAGAAUAA